UGGCUGUGGCGGGUUGGAGUCCUGCUCAAGCAUGAGCCGGGCAGAAACGGGCGACCUGUGAUCGCAGCCAGGCACUUUCUUGAGAACAGCCAGCUCCUUCUCCACCCCCCGCCCCGCACCAGCCUUUCUCCUGAUCGCAUAGCAACCAGAGUGGGGAAGGAGUUUUCCACUCUUCCUCCUUUUUUUUGAAGCACGAAUCCUGACUUCUCCAGCUGCCUGUGACUCGAUUCCUUGAUCGAUUCUCCUCGUUCUCUCCAAAGCGCCCGGUCCUCCUUCUUCCUCGCCGGCUGCCAUGGAGAGGCGAGGCUGGGCAGGGCGCAGCGCGGCCGUGGCUUUGCUGGCUGCCUGGAGCGCAGCCGUCCUGCUGGCCCGGGCGGAGAGGCAGUUCGUCAACGAGUGGGCAGCCGAGAUCCCGGGAGGUCCGGCAGCAGCCCAGGCCAUCGCCGACGAGCUGCAGUAUGAAUUUCUGGGGCAGAUUGGAUCACUUGAAAAUCAUUAUCUAUUUAGACAUAAGAGCCAUCCUAGAAGGUUGCGAAGGAGUGCUACUCACAUCACAAAAAGACUCUUGGAUGAUCAACGCGUAAGUAUUGCAUUUGCAGUUUCCCGUAGACUGCAAUACUGA